ACGAUGGCACAUUGUUCACCUGGGGCUCAAAUUCCGAUGGCCAGCUUGGCCGGCCAACAUUGUCCGACAGCCAAAAUUCGAGCACCACUCCUGGCCCUGUGAGUCUUCCCGGUCGUGCUCUUCUUGUCAGUUUGGGUACUUAUCACGCGUUGUGUUUGGUACAGAAACUGGUACAUCGGAGGCCUGUUGCAAAGCUUCAAAAUGAGUCUCCGGCUGAUAAGGACUCUGUACUGGCCCUCUAUGCCUGGGGUCAAGGAGAAGCUGGCCGUCUAGGGGUGCUGCAAGGGCUUCAUCAAGAGAAACAGGAUAAAAAGCAACCUAAAUCAGCUUUGAGUAAUGAUACCUAUCCCGCAAUUCCCACUUCGGUAACCAAAGUUCCGAGUGUCGAGCCCCGUAAGUCACUAUAUAAUUAUUCGGCUGCAAUUCCAGCAUUUUACAGAUUUUUCUUGAAAGUGGCUAUUAUUCUGUGA